CAACAAUCGACAAGGGACGGCAUAUAGACCAAGGCCCCCGUAGAGUCUGUUAUAGAGGGAGCAUACAUUCGGUCAAUCGAGAUGUCAGGUCACCAACGCCGCGCCUCCAAUGCUUCAAGCUGGCGUAACUCCCUGUCCCUCCAUCGGAGUACGUCCAACACCCCCUCCACCUCCGCCAAAUCUCCUCCAUCGCUUUCUGCCGCCAACAACGGCGGCGGUCAUCGUACAACACCCUUCGAGAAUGCGCAUCCCUCUAUCACACCAAUGCGUGAACCCGCUCCCGUCUCGGACCAGGAAAAUAAAGUGCAGGCUCUUAUCAAGCACUUUUCGCAAUUGCGGGAUUUGCCAGUCAGUUCGGAUAGAAGAGCAGGGAUGCAGGCGUUAAGUGAUGAGGAGAAGUGUUGGUUGAGUCGGGAGUGUAUGCUGCGCUACCUCCGCGCCACAAAAGGUGACCUCGCGGAAGCUCAAAAGAGGUUGGAAGGAUCGAUUGUGUGGAGGAGAGGGUGGGGGCUGGGGCAGGAUAUGACAGGACAUGUCGAGCCUGAGGCGACGACUGGGAAGCAGGUGUUGCUGGGAUUCGAUAGUUCGGGUCGACCGUGUCUGUAUCUCUACCCGUCACGACAGAACACGAAGCCAUCACAGCGACAGAUUGAGUAUCUGGUGUGGGGCUUGGAGAGGGCGAUUGACAUGAUGCCCCGCGGAGUCGAAAACCUGGCGUUAUUGAUCAACUUCAAGGGCUCAGGCUCCUCCACCACCCCCUCCCUCAGCCAAGGAAAACAGGUAAUGUCAAUCCUCCAAACCCACUACCCCGAACGCCUCGGCCGCGCCCUCAUCAUCAACGUCCCCUUCUUCGUCAACGGCUUCUUCAAACUCAUCACACCCUUCAUCGACCCCAACACGCGUGAAAAAAUGGUUUUCAACGCGGAUUUGAGAAAUCAUGUUCCACCGAGUCAGCUUGAUCGGAAUUUUGGGGGGGAUUGUGAGUUUGAGUAUGUGCAUGGGGAUUAUUGGCCGGAAUUGUCUAGGUUGGCGAGGGAGAGGAGGGAGAGGAAUAUGAGGAAUUGGAGGGUGGCUGGGGGUGGGGUUGGAAUUUCUGAGGAUGUGAUAAAGACAGGCUGUGACAGAGCCCAGUCGCUCUCCCGCUCCGGCAUUUUCGCCGGCACCGACUGCGGCGACCGCACCUGCCCCUAUCAUUAA